AUGUCUCUCAAUCUUGACACGAAUCCGCCCAACGGAGGCAGAGACAACGCCUCUCUCCUGUCCCCUAUUGGAUACGACGACGAUGCAGCAUCCCUCCAUUCUCGAAGCGACCAAGACACCGAUAGCGACGAUGACCAGCUCAUCUCUCGCGCAAGAAAUAGCCGCGAACUCCGCGCCCACGAUCGCAUUGUAUUGAUGGAAGAGGAGGAGACGGACAAGCUGGUCACCGACACCCGCAAGAGGCAAGAACGAGAGCGUCGCGGAUCUGGACUGGCCGUCCCCAACCCGCUGAAAAUGUUUGGCCGGCGCCCUGGCUCUUCCCGGGGUCUAGAUCCCAAUAGCUCGACUGAAGACCUGGUAUCCGAAAAGAGGAUCGCCAGGCGCACGAGGAGACAGAAGAAGCGCGAGCGGUUGCUGGACGAUGCGCAGCAUGGCGAGGACGGAGAGCUGAUGUACGAGAUGGAGGAGGGAGGUAUGAAGGAAGGCAGCUCGACCGGAGAAAGCAGCGAGAGGGACGACAGCGACGAGAUGGAUAGGCUACAUCUCAACAUGAUGGCCGACGCAAAAGCCCAGCGAAGACGGAGUUGGCGUCGAUGGGUGUUCAUUCACAGCCUCAUCGCCAUCGGUUUCGCAAUCCUGAUCCUGAUCGCCUGGAAGCUGUCGAACAACCGAAAGAGAGUACAGCCCAAGAUGCAAGCGAUGGUGAGCAAUGGCACUGCGCUCUUUGCGCCCACCACCAUCAUCAUCAGCCUGGACGGCUUCCGCGCCGACUUCCUCCAGCGCGGCCUCACCCCCAGACUAAACGCCUUUGUCAAAGAGGGCGUCUCGCCAAAGUGGAUGCAUCCAUCAUUCCCGUCAGUGACCUUUCCGAACCACUACACGCUCGCGACUGGACUGUAUCCUGAGAGUCACGGCAUCGUUGGAAACACCUUCUGGGACCCCGAGCUUGGAGCUGAGUUCUACUACACCGACCCUGCGCGAAGCCUCGACCCCAAGUGGUGGGGUGGAGUGCCUUUCUGGGUGACUGCUGAGGAGCAGGGAGUCCGGAGUGCCAUUCACAUGUGGCCUGGCAGCGAGGCGCAUGUUUUGCAUACGGAGCCGAGCAUAAUGGACAAGUUCAGCCGAGAGGACACUCUCGAUGGCAAGGUUGCCAGAAUCUUCGAAUUCUUGGACAUGCCAGGCCUGGAGGACAAGUCGGUCGACUUCAAGGAUACACGCCCUCAGUUGAUUGCGGCCUAUGUCCCCCAUGUUGAUUCCGAUGGACACAAAUACGGCCCAAACAGCACCGAAAUCCGCGAGACUAUUACCAAGGUGGACACGAUGAUGGAUCAGAUCUUUAUGGGCCUAGAUGAGCGCAACUUGACCGAUAUUGUCAAUGUCAUCGUCGUCUCGGAUCAUGGCAUGGCGACCACGGACAUCACCAGGCUGAUCCAGCUCGAGGAUCUUAUCGACACCAGCAAAAUUGAGCACAUUGAUGGCUGGCCGCUGUACGGUCUCCGUCCCAAAAACCUCGAGGAUUUGCAAGGUCUGUAUGACGAGCUUGUAGAGCAUUCAAAGUCAAAUACCCACUUCGAAGUUUACCUUCGUGACGUCAACAUGCCUGAGCGGUAUCACUUCACCAAGGACAAUCGUAUCGCGCCUCUGUGGAUUGUCCCUGAGACGGGAUGGGCGAUUGUCACCGAGGAUGAGUUUAAUGUCAAGGAAGGACUAGAGAAGGGACUGAUCUACCAUCCUGUUGGCCUGCAUGGGUAUGAUCAUGAGCACCCGUUGAUGCGGGCCAUCUUCAUUGCUCGGGGCCCUGCGUUCCCCCACCCGGCAAACAGCCAGGUCGAUGUCUUCCAAAAUAUAGAGGUAUACAACCUGCUGUGCGACUCAAUCGGCCUCGAGCCACACCCGAACAACGGAACCUUGCGGUUGCCGCUGAAGCCCAUCGGACUCCACAACCCCGAGGAGUCGCCCGAUGUACCGGCAGAUCCCGCGGCUUCAAAUAAACCAGAAGAGUCGAAGAAGCUGGAGCAACCAGCGGUCCAUGAGGAGCCUACACAGCCGGCGCGGCCGACCUUGCCUGUUGCGCCCUCACAACCAGCUCGCCCGACGGCACCCGAGAAACCAACGGAGCCGGCAAAGCCUACCAAGGUGGCAGAGCCGACCAAACCAGCAGAGCCGACCAAACCGGCAGAGCCUACCAAGCCUGCCGCCAAACCGACAUCUGGUAGUGAUGAUAAAGGUGACGGUGACGACGACGACGACGACGACAAGAACUGGUGGGAUUGGCUGACCGACAAGGUGGACAAGGCAUGGCACAAGAUCACGGGAUCAGGCUCUGAUUGA